AAAGAACUAGCCACUGAUUGAUUCAUCAAAAAUGACAUUUUAGUCACAUAAAGUUUUAGUCCAGCUAACUCAUUCGCAAAGGAUUACUGCAGCAGUAUUUUGGUUUUGUAAAAACAGAAUGACCUCCAACACAACUCCUCUCCAUCACUCCCAUCACCAUGUGAACACUACAGUGGACACUGGAGACAUUGUGAAUAAGUUCAGCAUUGUCUUCCUCACCAUCAUUGUUUUCUUCGGCACCACCGGGAACUCUUUGGUCAUCUGGAUGGCUAGCUUCCGCAUAAAACCCACCGUCACUAACGUUUGGCUGGUUAAUCUCGCCGUAGCGGACCUGAUCUUCUGCCUGACACGAGUCACUUCUCUCAUCAAAAUCAUUUUCUAUGACCAUUGGCCUUUUGGAGUUUUUCUCUGCAAGUUCACUGGUUUCUUCAAGUACGCCAACAUGUUCUGCAGUGUUUUUCUUCUGGCUGUCAUCAGUGUAGAUCGAGCGCUCUGCGUCUGGUGUCCAGUGCUCACCAGAGAACGACGGACGUUAUGUGCCGCUCGGGUGGUCAGUGUGGGAGUUUGGAUUGUGGCGGUGAUCUUUAGUUCACCGUACUAUGUGUACCGACAAAUUUUUCCUCACAAGAACAACUUGAGCCAAUGCUCACUGAAGGAGAAAGGAGCAGAAGCAGGUGACAAUUCAGCAAAGUAUGUCUACUACUGCAUUCGUUUCAUCUGUGGAUUCUUGUUGCCCUUCCUGGUCAUCCUUAUCUGUUACAUACUAGCUGCUGUUGGGAUACGCAGAACGCGGCUCUCUGGAAAAUCGAGGCCUCUUCGGAUUCUUGCUGUAUUGGUCUGUGCCUUUUUCUUAUGUUGGGCUCCAUACCACUUUAUAGGGCUGGUCAAGUUGGUGAAUAAAGACAACAAGGCAGUAAAAGAAGGAUGGACUAUGGCUUCACACUUAGCUUAUUUCAACAGCUGCAUUAACCCGGUUCUGUAUUUCUGCAUGGGACUGGAUGUUCGUCGACGCUGCAACCAAAGCCUGUCUGGGAUUUUUCAUAGAGCACUUUUGGAAGAAGGCCAAAGUCUCUCACAGCAAGGCACUAGAGAAGAAAGCUGUAAUUCCAUUGCAAAGACUGCAGAUGCUGAGUGUGAAUCUAAAGUUUAAUAAAUCUUUUUAUAAGCAAGUUUUUAGAUGAGAUUGAUUGCAUGAAAAUGUUUAUUUGUAUCCUCUGCAGUUUCGAUUAAACAGAUAUCACAUAUUCAAGAUGAAGCCAGAGCUAAAUAUGCAUAUUUAAUUUACUGUAACAUUAUUGUCAGAAUAUUUUCUGAUUUGAAAUAUGUUAUUUAAACGU